CACACACGUUUCCUUAUGCUUCACUGAGCUUCCAGGGACAUUUUCAACGCAAUCCUCGUGUCAUCGUUUAACUGUCUUAACUGUCCAACUAUUCUUUCCCAUUCAUCCUCACCAUUAGUAUUCCUCAUCUUUAACAUUUUAGCAUCUGCUCUUCAUUUGUAUACUGCAUCUCAGUUCUCCAUCCCAUCAAUUCUUACAUCAUGUCUGCCGAGGCUAUGGUCUUUCUCUUUGGCGUCAUCGUUGGCGCAUGUCUCCUAUUUGUCAAAGUGUUCUUUGUCAUUCUGAUCAGUGAUCUUGAGGUCGACUAUAUCAACCCGAUCGAGCUUUGUAAUAAACUCAACCAGUUUGUCUUGCCUGAAAUGUUUGUUCAGGCGUUCAUGACCUUUAUCUUUUUGAUCUCUGGACAAUUCAUUGCCACCGCCUGGAAUUUGCCUUUGGUCGCUUAUAAUGCUAACAAAAUUAUGAACAAUAAGCAUAUGUUUGAUGCCACAGAGAUUUUCCGCACUUUGGGCCAACAUAAAAAGGAGUGCUUCAUUAAGUUGGGCUUUUACUUGCUAAGCUUCUUCUACUACCUCUACCGCAUGAUCCUCGCAUUGGUUAACGAUUCCUAAGCCAUAUUGCAGCAUCAACCGUAGCAGUAUAGCAACGAUAGUAGCAGAGUCGAUGUCAUUAUAGCAUGAGCAGUGAUCCAGUCAAAGGACGAUAGAAAGCGAUCAUGGUGUGUAACAUGAUAAUAAACAAGAAGCAAAAAAC